CAGUCAGUUUUACUUUUUCUAAUAAGCUGAAAUGGUUCGAUCCUGAAAACGUAUGGAAUGUGCGCAGGUUCGAGGGUCCAGCUGUCUACGGCGAAUUCACACCUUAUUGUGGUGAUUAUCAGUGAUGUGAUUUAAAAGUUAACAAUGAAAAAGCUUUUAUAUUAUUGAAAUUCAAGAAUUAUGUCAAAGAAAACUACAUGUCUCCUUUUUAAUAAAGAAUAUGCGUUUCAAGUUUGGAUUACUCAUAUUUUACAUCAUUUUCAUCGUUUUAGUUUCAGUGGUUUUAACAGAAACGAAAGAUUCAUUGCAUAAGGACCAAAAAUUCAGCGCAGCCGCUGGUGAACUUCUUUUGGAGUUGAUGAUAAAAAUUGCUACUUACCCCAAUUAUUGGAACAAAAUCGAAAAACUAUUAGGAAAUCUCAACAGCAAUAUGUUGCCUCAAAGAAUAUUGGACCUCCGACAAGAGUACAAAGAAAAAGCACGUUUUUUAAUUAGAAAACAUGCUACUAAUACCAAAAGUCAAAAUUUCAGUCAGAUGAAUACAACUGGUCAAUGGGCCCCUUUCCACAACUGGGCUAACGGAUACAGUAUUUAUUCUAAAACAUUUGUCUAUCAAAAAGUAACUGGAAAGUCUAAUAUUCUUGAUAAUAAUCCAAAAACAUAUGUUGCUGUAUCAGUAAUAGCGCCUAAACAAAGCAGUGUUAAAAGCAAGAAGAAUUUAUCUCUGGAGAGAGAUUUGCGUAUAUUAAAAUACUGGACACAUCAAGACAAUUUGAAAAAUGUGACAUUUUUAAGUUCGAGAUGGUUUAUUAAAACCGCUUGAUAAUGUAGUUUUAAAUAAAGAUACUAAAAUAACA